AAAAACGCCUACAGUGUGCUGGGGGGCGAGGCUCCAGACAGACUAUAUACUGUAAAGCUAGACCUUGCACACUGCACUGGACUAAAGGUUCACACUAACACACUGGCCCUUGCAACCCAGGCACUUGUGUUUUCAACACCAGCCCACCACGCAGGCAGUCGUCCAUAUGACAGUCAUCUUUCAACUUAACUGAAGAUUCAGACUGGAGACUUAACAGAUAUGAAUCUGUCUACGUUCCUGUCAGUGACUGGGCUCUGCCUGUUGCUCAGCUGGUGUGAUGGCUUAGAAAGCCCUGGUCGACCUUUCAUCCUAGAAGCGGUUGAGGAGGCAAAGAAGGUUGUGAAUGAGGCCUACAAGUAUUCGCGUGAAGAUGUGGUCAUGCUCUGCUGUGUCCCACCAUGUAGGAGUCUGAGCAGAGUGCGCAGAGAGGAUGUCAGCCCCUCGGAUAUUUUGCGAUUGAUGAAGCAGCCAGCGCGGGAUACCCGCAACGCAGUGCGGGCCGCCGACACCAUGGACAUCGCCCUCGAGCUCAUCCACCAGAAGGCCCAUCACAUCCACAAGAGAUCGAUCAACGCCACAGACCUGAUCACAGCGGAGGAACGGCAGCUCAUUCAAGGUCUCACAGGCUGUACUAGCCGUCUCCUAAUCCCAUCCUGCAGGACAACACCCUUAAUCAACAAGUACCGCACCGCCACCAGUGUCUGCAACAACAUGAAAAACCCAAGACUUGGAGCUUCAAACACACCUUUUGCCAGAUGGCUGCCGGCCGAGUAUGAAGAUGGCAUUUCUCAACCAAAAGGGUGGGACCGGAAUAGAAAGUACAACAACUUCCUGCUCCCUCUGGUGAGAGAGGUGUCCAACCGUAUUCUGAGCACCACUGACAAUAGCGUUCAGAGUGACAAGAAAUACUCCUACCUGGUGACGAUCUUCGGUCAGUGGAGCGACCAUGACCUGACAUUCACGCCGACCUCCCCCAGCAUACGCUCCUUCAGCAGUGGCCUGAACUGUGCCGCCAGCUGCGACCAGUCCUAUCCCUGUUUCCCCAUACCGGCCCCUAAAGGAGAUCCCCGGCUGCCCCAAGACGCCUGCAUCCCAGUGUUCCGCUCGGCUCCGGCAUGUGGCACGGGGAACAGCGCCUUCAUGUUUGGUGGGAAGGCCGACGUACGUGAACAGAUCAACUCCAUAACAGCCUUUGUGGACGCGGGCCAGGUGUACGGCUCGGAGGACAGUCAGGCACGUGACCUGCGCGACCUCACCAAUGAUGGGGGCCUACUGCGCGUCAACCAGAGGUUCCGUGACCCCUCGGGCAACCGGGAGUUGCUUCCAUUCUCGAGUGCGGCAGCAAACAGCUGCGCUACGCGCCGAACUAUCACCAAUGACACCACUGCAGAGGAAGUGCCUUGUUUUGUGGCAGGUGAUGCUCGUUUAAAUGAGAACAUUGGCCUGACGUCUAUUCACACUCUGUUCUUGCGGGAGCACAAUCGGCUGGCUCGGGCUCUACGGCAGCUCAACCCCCUCUGGAGCAGCGAGACCCUCUACCAGGAGACCCGCAAGAUCCUGGGUGGUUACCAUCAGGUCAUCGUGUACCGUGACUACCUGUUGCACAUUAUUGGCCCAGAGGUGCACAAAAAAUACCUGGGCACUUACUCGGGCUACAACGACAGUGUGGACCCCAGUAUCUCCAACGUGUUUGCCACUGCUGCCUACCGCUUUGCCCACAACACCGUCCAGCCGCUGAUGUUUCGUCUGGAUGAGAACUACAAUGAUCACCGCCAGUUUCCCAGCGUACCCCUCUUCAAAGCUUUCUCUACCCCAUGGAGGCUGGUCUUUGAAGGUGGCAUUGACCCUCUGAUCCGGGGCCUGGUGGGGCGACCGGCUAAGCUGAACGCCCAGGACCACAUGAUGGUGGACGCCCUUCGGGAGAAGCUCUUCAAGUUUACAAGUCGCCUGGCGUUGGACCUUGGCUCCCUUAACCUCCAGCGAGGCAGAGAUCAUGCUUUACCAGGGUAUAACGCAUGGCGCCGGUUCUGUGGUCUCUCUACGCCCAAGACACUGAGACAACUGGCUGAGGUCUUAGGGAACAAGAUCCUGGCCCGUCAGCUCCUGAAGCUGUACGGAUCCCCUGACAACAUUGACACUUGGCUUGGCGGUGUUGCGGAGCCUUUUGUCCGCGGUGGCCGUGUGGGACCCCUCUUUGCCUGUCUCAUCGCCACCCAGUUCCAGAAGAUCCGUGAUGGGGACAGGCUGUGGUGGGAGAAUCAUGGGGUGUUCACAAGGGCACAGAAGACCUCACUGGCCUCGGUCUCCUUGACCCGCAUCAUCUGUGACAACACUGGCAUCAGAGAUGUUCCCAUGAACCCCUUCAACUUCGUAGCCCGCGGCUCUGGCUACAACAGAUGUGACGACCUCCCUCCAUUCGAUCUCCGUCCAUGGCUAGAGAAAGAUCCAGACACCGAGCCUAUCCCAGGACCUGCUGGGGAACGAGGUCCCGCUGGGCCCCAGGGACUAAGGGGUCCCCCCGGGCCCCCUGGUCCCCCCAUGCACCCUAGCGGCAGCAGCAGCCAACAACCUCGCUCAGCUUUCUCCGUCAGCCUUGGGAGACCCAUGCCCUUCACCAGCAGAGUCCUCCGCUUUACCCGCGACACCUACAACGGCCAGGGCCACUACAGCACACAGACCGGCAAAUUCACCUGCCAGGUGCCAGGCGUCUACCAGUUUGAGGUCUUCUGCAAGGCGUUUUGGAAGGUGGCCAGUGUUGUGUUGAAGCGAAACGGGGAGGUGAUCAUGACCGCCUUGCCGUCCCCUGUAGACCGCCGCCGCAUCAACUUUACCGGGGAUACAGUGGUGCAGCUGGGGCUGGGGGAUCAGGUGUGGCUGGAAGCCAGCCGAGGGGGGUCCGGACUUAACCCAGAGAGUUUCUUUACUGGACACAUCCUCUUCACAGUCUAAGGGCAAGAGAGGACAGCAGCACUUACUUUCACUGCUAUAUUGCGCAUAGGCAUGUAAAUAGGCCUAUAAUCUCUUGCGCAUUCCGUAAAACUAUAUCAAACAAUCUUAUUACUGUUUUUUUAAACUUGAUAUUCUGAUGGCACUGAUCUUGCAUUCACACUUUAUAUACUGCAGCAAACAUGGUUGGUCAUUUGUCAAAUUUCAAUUUCAAUUUAAUUUCACCUAUAGAGUGCAAAUGCAGCCAACAACCUUGUUAUAUGGCAUUGAUAUAUUUGUGUUAUAAUAAAUGAUGCUUGCAAACAAUACA